CAUGUCGGCGUACGACCACUCCAGAGUCCAUCACUUUAUAGGAGGCAACUCCCUGGAACAUGCCCCGCCUAGUGUCGUUCACGAUUUCGUUAAAACUCAAGGUGGCCACACUGUUAUUACGAAGGUCCUCAUUGCCAACAAUGGUAUUGCUGCCGUGAAGGAAAUCCGUUCCAUCCGACAAUGGAGUUACGAGACGUUCGGAAUGGAACGUGCAGUCGAAUUCACUGUCAUGGCGACUCCUGAAGACCUCAAGGUCAACGCUGAAUACAUUCGCAUGGCCGACCGUUACAUUGAAGUUCCUGGCGGCUCCAACAACAACAAUUACGCCAAUGUAGACCUCAUCAUCGACGUCGCAGAACGUGCAGGAGUACACGCCGUUUGGGCGGGGUGGGGACACGCGUCAGAGAACCCCCGGCUCCCAGAAGGUCUCGCUGCAAGCAAGCACAAAAUCAUCUUCAUCGGUCCUCCGGGAAGCGCAAUGCGUAGCUUAGGAGACAAGAUUUCAAGCACAAUCGUGGCACAAAGCGCUGAUGUUCCAACGAUGCCGUGGUCGGGAACAGGCAUCACGGAAACCGUCCUUUCUGAGGCCGGCUAUGUGACGGUACCCGACAAGGCGUACAUGGACGCCUGUGUUACCACGGUCGAAGAAGGGUUAGCAAAGGCGGAGCAGAUUGGAUGGCCGGUGAUGAUCAAGGCCAGCGAGGGCGGAGGAGGCAAGGGAAUUCGAAAGGUUGAACAUCCAGAUGCUUUCAAGAAUGCCUACCAUGCUGUGGCGGGAGAAAUACCGGGAUCGCCAAUCUUCAUCAUGAAACUCGCCGGUCAGGCUCGACACUUGGAAGUCCAGCUUUUGGCCGACCAAUAUGGCAAUGCCAUCUCCCUUUUUGGACGCGACUGCUCCGUCCAACGUCGGCACCAAAAAAUCAUCGAGGAAGCUCCUGUUACUAUUGCGAAAGAAGAUACCUUCGAGCAGAUGGAGCGGGCUGCUGUCCGUCUCUCCAAGCUUGUUGGAUAUGUCAGUGCUGGUACGGUCGAAGACCUCUACAGUCACGCCGAAGACUACUUCUAUUUCUUGGAGCUAAAUCCCCGUCUUCAAGUCGAGCAUCCCACAACGGAAAUGGUCUCAGGUGUUAACCUUCCAGCUGCCCAACUUCAAGUUGCCAUGGGUAUCCCCCUUCACCGUAUCCGAGAUAUUCGCCAGCUCUACGGCGUUGCUCCAAAUGGCACUUCAGAGAUUGACUUCGAUAUGACCAAACCUGACGCCAAUCAACUCCAACGCAAACCUCGCCCCAAAGGCCACGUCGUUGCCGUUCGUAUCACCGCAGAAAACCCGGACGCCGGGUUCAAGCCAUCAUCCGGAUCCCUUCAGGAGCUCAAUUUCCGUUCAAGCACAAACGUUUGGGGAUAUUUCUCCGUCAGCACUGCGGGUGGUCUUCACGAGUUCGCCGAUUCUCAGUUUGGUCACAUCUUCGCCUACGGCGAAGACAGAAGCGAGAGCCGCAAGAACAUGAUUGUCGCCUUGAAGGAGUUGAGUAUCAGAGGAGACUUCAGGACGACCGUCGAAUACCUCAUCAAGCUCUUGGAGCUUGAAGCCUUCAAGGAGAACACCAUCACCACUGGAUGGCUCGAUUCUUUGAUCAGCAGUAAACUAACGGCUGAGCGACCUGAUGCUACGCUUGCUGUGGUUUGCGGUGCAGUUACCAAGGCGUAUCUGGCCUCUGAGGCAUGCUGGAUGGAGUACAAACGCAUCCUUGAUAAAGGUCAAGUCCCAGGGCGGGACGUUCUUCGUACAGUAUUCGGCAUUGACUUCAUUUACGAAAAUGUACGCUAUUCGUUUACCGCCACCCGAUCUUCUUCGACAGUUUGGACGCUGUACCUCAACGGAGGUAGCGUUAUGGUCGGCGCUCGUCCUCUUGCUGACGGAGGUCUACUCGUUCUCCUCGAUGGCAAGAGUCACUCGAUCUAUUGGAGAGAGGAAGUCGGCGCACUCAGACUGAUGGUCGACGCCAAGACCUGUUUGAUCGAGCAAGAGAACGACCCGACUCAACUCAGGAGCCCUAGCCCCGGUAAACUAGUACGAUACCUUGUCGACAGCGGAGACCAUGUCAAGGCUGGUGAUCAGUACGCGGAAAUUGAGGUCAUGAAAAUGUACAUGCCAUUGGUGGCCUCGGAAGAUGGGAUCGUUCAGCUCAUCAAGCAACCCGGUGUCAGCCUGGAACCUGGAGACAUCCUCGGCAUUCUGACGCUCGACGAUCCUGCUCGUGUGAAGCACGCGAAGCCUUUCGAGGGUCUUCUACCAUCCAUGGGCGCGCCUGGGGUUGUGGGCAAUAAGUCUCACCAGCAGUUUAACCGUUGCUUGGGCGUCCUAAACGACAUACUGGACGGUUUCGACAACCAGUCGGUCAUGAACUCUACUCUUAAGGAGUUCAUCGAGGUUCUCCACGACCCCCAACUUCCGUACUCCGAAGUCGGCGCCAUCCUCUCCUCCCUUUCAGGCCGCAUUCCUUCGAAGUUGGAAGACAGCAUCCGUUUAGCUAUGGAUAUAGCUAAAGCCAAGGGUCCCAAUACCGAGUUCCCUGCUGUUCGCGUGAAGAAAUUGAUCGACCACUACAGUCAGGACAAUAUCCUUCCGCAGGACCGCGCGAUGUUCAGGACCAAGAUCACCGCAUUGUACGACGUUCUCGACCGAUACCUCAGUGGUCUCAAAGGCCACGAGACAGAUACAAUUGCAAAUCUUUUGGAACGCUAUGAAGCAACCGAGAAACUUUUCGGUGGCAGCAUUGAAGCCAGGGUACUUGCUCUCCGCGAGCAAUAUAAGGACGACCUCGACAUGGCCAUUAGUUUGGUCCUCAGUCACAUCAAAGUUCAGAGCAAGGCGAAACUUAUUCUCGCGCUCCUCGAGUACGUCAAGACCAGCCCCCUCAACGUCUCCAAUCCAGAAGGCAGACUUUGCAAAGUUUUGCAAGGCCUCGCGGGUCUGGAGGGCAGAUCCUCAACAUCUGUGUCGCUGAAGGCUCGGGAAGUUCUUAUUCUUGGCCAGAUGCCUUCAUACGAGGAGCGUCUGAUCCAGAUGGAGGGCGUUCUCAAGAAUUCCGUGUCGAAUAACUAUUAUGGCGAAUCGGUCCUUGGCCCAAGGACGCCUUCCGCAGAAGUUCUCAAAGAGCUUAGUGAUUCGCGAUAUACUGUCUUUGACGUUCUCCCUGCUUUCUUCAAUCACGAAGAUGCUAUGGUCCGACUUGCGGCAUUCGAGGUGUAUGUCAGGCGAGCGUAUAAGGCGUACACUCUCCUGUCGAUCGACUAUGAAGAGGGAGAUACGUUGGACGAUGGGGAAGUACCCACCGUGGUGACAUGGCGAUUCAAUCUUGGGCAGUCUCAUUCUCCUCCUGACACACCUCGCCUGACAAUCGGGGAGUCUCCUCGCCGGUCUGCAUCCGUUAGCGACCUGACGUACAUGAUCAACCGCCAUCAGUUGCAACCCGUUCGUACCGGAGCAAUCGCUUCGUUUUCCAAUGUCGCUGCGCUUGCGAAAGGAUUCCCGAAAGUCGUAUCCAUGUUGCCCGCGUUUGACGCCGUUGAGUUCUCCGAACGAUAUGGAGCUAACAGCGAACCUCCAAACGUCGUCAACAUUGCCCUUCGUAUCUUCCAAGAAGAGGAUGAUAAGUCGGAAAGCGACUGGAACAAGGAGGUGCUCUCCUUCGUCAACAAUCACACCGAUAUUCUAGCGCGCCGUGGUGUCCGUCGGGUAUCCAUCAUGCUCUGCCGACGCGGACAAUACCCUGUCUACUUCACCCUUCGUGACUUCGGUGGCGUUUGGAACGAAGAGCAGGCCAUUCGUAACAUCGAACCCGCGCUUGCCUUCCAGCUCGAGUUGAGUCGCCUUUCGAAUUACAACCUUAAACCAUGCUUCGUCGAAGCUAAGCAAAUCCAUAUCUACCAUGCCAUCGCGCGCGAAAAUCAACUAGAUAAUCGCUUCUUCAUUCGGGCUCUUGUUCGUCCAGGCCGCCUUCGCGGGUCGAUGAGCAUGGCGGAAUAUCUCAUCUCUGAGACGGACCGUCUUGUCACCAGCGUUCUUGACGCCCUCGAAAUCGUCAGCGCACAGCACCGCAACGCCGAUUGUAACCAUAUCUUUAUGAACUUCGUCUACAACCUCCCUGUGGAAUAUGAAGACGUUCUUGCCGCCAUUUCUGGGUUUAUCGAACGUCAUGGCAAGCGCUUGUGGCGCCUUCACGUCACUGGGUCUGAAAUCCGCAUCGUUUUGGAAGACGGCGAAGGGAACGUGACACCAAUCCGCUGCAUCAUCGAGAACGUCUCUGGAUUUAUUGUCAACUAUCACGGUUAUCAGGAGAUCACGACAGACAAGGGCACUACCAUCCUCAAGUCCAUCGGCGAUAAGGGACCUCUACACUUGCAGCCAGUCCACCAGGCUUAUCCCACGAAGGAGUCGCUUCAACCCAAACGUUACCAAGCCCAUCUUAUUGGCACAACCUACGUAUACGACUUCCCCGAUCUCUUCUCGAAGGCUUUGCACAACGUUUGGGUCAAGGCUCGUAAGACAGACCCGUCGUUGGUUCUGCCCAAAGUGUUUGUUGAGUCCAAGGAGCUUGUUCUCGACGAGCACGACCAGCUCGCGGAAGUUGAUAGAGCGCCAGGCAAUAACGCUUGUGGUAUGGUGGGUUGGGUAUUCACCCUGAGGACACCAGAGUUCCCGAACGGCCGCAAAGCUGUCGUCGUCGCUAACGACAUAACCUACAAGAUUGGCUCCUUCGGCCCACAGGAGGAUCAAUUUUUUUUCCAGGUCACGCAAUACGCCCGCAACUUGGGUUUGCCGCGCAUAUACCUGUCAGCGAACUCUGGAGCCAGGAUUGGUUUGGCGGAGGAGGCGAUCCCUCUGUUUUCUGUCGCCUGGAACGACACUGCGCACCCUGAAAAAGGAAUCAAGUACCUUUACCUCACCCACGAGAACCAGCUCAAGCUCAAGGAGAAAAGCCCUGAUUCUGUCCGUACUGUCGAAGUUGAGGAGGAGGGCGAGCAUCGCUACAAGAUCACCGACGUUAUAGGUCUUCAGGACGGACUAGGUGUCGAGUGCCUUAAAGGGUCUGGUCUCAUCGCUGGAGAGACCUCCAGAGCAUACGACGAUAUCUUCACCAUCACCCUCGUCACUGCUCGAUCUGUCGGAAUCGGCGCGUAUCUUGUCCGCCUCGGAGAAAGAGCCGUCCAGGUCGAAGGACAACCAAUCAUCCUCACCGGCGCCCCGGCCCUCAACAAGGUUCUCGGGCGAGAGGUCUACACGUCCAAUCUGCAGCUCGGUGGCACACAGAUUAUGUUCAAGAACGGCGUCUCUCAUUUAACGGCCAGCAGCGACUUGCAAGGCGCCACCCAGAUCCUUGAAUGGCUCGCGUACGUUCCAGGGGUCAAAAAUGGCGCGUUACCAGUCCGACUUACUUCCGAUACUUGGGAUCGGGACAUCGACUAUGUCCCGCCCAAGGGCCCUUACGAUCCUCGCUGGUUCAUUGAAGGCAAGACUGACGAAGCCUCGCCCGAGUGGUUGGGUGGUUUCUUCGACAAGGGUUCCUUCCAGGAGACACUCAGCGGCUGGGCUCAAACCGUUGUUGUUGGACGUGCUCGCCUCGGUGGUAUUCCCAUGGGUGUCAUUGCCGUUGAAACCCGUACCAUCGAACGCGUCGUGCCUGCGGAUCCUGCCAACCCGGCAUCCUUUGAGCAGCGCAUCAUGGAAGCAGGUCAAGUCUGGUACCCCAACUCCGCCUACAAGACCGCUCAGGCCAUCUUCGACUUCAACCGUGAAGGCUUGCCGCUGAUCAUAUUCGCUAAUUGGCGUGGAUUCUCAGGAGGUCAGCAAGACAUGUACGACGAAAUCUUGAAGCAAGGUUCCAAGAUCGUCGACGGCCUUUCGAGCUACAAGCAGCCUGUUUUCGUCUAUAUCGUCCCCAACGGCGAGCUCCGCGGCGGCGCCUGGGUUGUGCUGGAUCCUUCCAUUAAUGUCGAACAGAUGGAGAUGUAUGCCGACGUCGAUGCUCGCGCAGGCGUCCUUGAGCCCGAGGGAAUCGUCGAGAUCAAGAUGCGCCGCGACAAAAUUUUGAGCCUGAUGGAGAGGUUGGAUUCGACUUACGCGACACUCAAGCGCGACAUCAAGGAUGCUUCGAAGUCUGCUGAGGAACGUGCCGCUGCAACCACCGCCGCCGCGGAACGAGAAACCCUUUUGCAGCCGACAUACAAACAAAUCGCCCUGUUGUACGCCGAUCUUCAUGGUCGUACCGGGCGUAUGGAAGCUAAAGGUUGCGCCAAGGCAGCAGUCUGGAAGAACGCCAGACGCCACUUCUACUGGGCUGUUCGCGCUCGUGUUGCUCGCUCAGCGGCCAUUGCCCGCCUUGCAGAAGCUACCCCUGAUUCAACAUAUGAGUAUCGCACCCGUCUCCUCAACUCUCUUGCUGCCAUCGAGGCAACAACCGACCAUCGUCAAGUUGCCGAGGCUCUCGAGAAGUUGGACCUCUCUCAGACUGUCGCUCAGCUGAAGGCCAACCAUCUCUUGCGUCAACUCAUCCAGUUGACGAAAGAGGACCGUAAAGCGACUUUUGACGGUAUCAUGCGCCUGGCAGAUAACUUCUCUGACGAUGAGAGGAACUCUUUGUUAUCUGUCCUGAAAAACGGGGCUCGUUCGCCUGCACCUCCGUCCUAUACGAAUACCCCGGUCUA